AUGUCCGACGAAGAGGUCGUCGUGAACAAGAACAAGGCGCACAGGAAGGACAAGCCAUGGGAUACCGAUGAUAUCGACCAUUGGAAGAUCGACCCCUUCACCCCCGCCGACAACAAGGGCGGCACAUUCUUCGAGGAAUCAUCGUUCGCCACCUUGUUCCCCAAGUACCGUGAAAAGUACCUGAAGGAGGUAUGGGGUGCGGUCACUCGGGCAUUGGAUCACCACGGUGUCGCAUGCACCCUCGACUUGGUUCACGGUUCUAUGGCUGUACGGACGACACGAAAGACUUACGACCCUUACAUCAUUCUCAAAGCGCGCGACAUGAUCAAGCUACUAGCUCGUGGUGUCGCCGUCGCUCAAGCAGUCAAGAUCCUCGACGACAACAUGGCAUGCGACAUCAUCAAGAUCGGCAGCUUGGUACGGAAUAAGGAGCGCUUUGUGAAGCGGCGGCAGAGGAUUAUCGGGCCGGAUGGGAGUACGCUGAAGGCAAUCGAGUUGUUGACCCAGUGCUACGUCCUCGUGCAAGGUAGCACCGUCAGUGUCAUGGGUCCUUACAAGUCCUUGAAGGAGGUCCGCCGCAUCGUCCUCGACUGCAUGAAGAACAUCCACCCCAUCUACCGAAUAAAGGAACUCAUGAUCCGCCGUGAACUCGCCAAAGACCCCAAGCUCGCCAACGAGUCCUGGGACCGCUUCCUCCCCGCCUUCCGCAAGCGCCACCUCAAGACGAGCGAGAAGACCGCGAAGAAGAACGAGCGCGCCGCAGCGAAGGGCGAGGCGCGCGCAGCCGCCGGCCUCGACCCGGAGAAGGUGGAGAAAGAGAAGAGCAAGAAGAAGGUGUACACGCCGUUCCCGCCGCCGCAACAGCCGAGGAAGGUGGACUUGCAGCUGGAGAGUGGAGAGUACUUCUUGAAGCCGAAGGAGCGGGAGGCGAAGGAGGCGCAGAAGAGGAAGGAGAAGCAAGCAGACGUUGCAGCGCAACGGCAGGCGGAGCGCGAGGCGGCAUAUGUCGCACCCGCAGAGGAUGCGGCACCGACGGUCGAGGAGAAGAGGAAGAGGAAACGACACGUGGAGGAAGGGCAGGAGCCGGAGGGGAAGAAGGAGAAAAAGUCCAAGAAGGCGAAGGCGACCGAGGACGCACUGGCAGGAGAGGAGACGAAGAAAAAGAAGAAAAAGCACCGGCACGCGGAGGACGAGAAUUAA